AUGGACGAGCUCGAGAUAUUGCUGGUGGAAGCAGCCACUUAUCCCCGCAACAUGCGGUCUGGGCGGAUAUUUGACCACCAUUUGAAAGUUCUGGAAGAUAAACUCAAGGAAAAUGAGGAAAGGUUAUUCGAACGAACACAUGCUGCGGCUCACAUUCUGCAGUUGCUCGCACCAGACGACGAAUUUGAAUCCAUCACUGUCAAAGAUACAGAUCAAUUACGGCGAGAGCUGCGCCGCAUUGAUCAAAAUGGCCAUCGAUCUGAGGAUCCGAUGUGUAGAUUCCUAUUUGUGAUGGCCCCAACCUCUAGGGAUAAGUUGAAAAUCACAUCUGGAAUGAUGAAGAUGUUUCUCAGCUAUCAUCAAGUGAAAAUCGAUUUCUUAAAUUACUUAUUCCCUUUUGGCAAGCAAGAGCGACCGAAAGACUUUUACUUCAGCGGGUUCUGCCAGGAAUACCAUUUCACUGAGGAAUCUCGCCGACUCCGUAUACCUAAGAUUGGCCGUUCGGGCUACGGCUUUCAACUGUGCUAUAACCUGAAGUCUGUUGAGCCACCAUCACUAUCGAGCUCACCUCACUCCAACUGGUCAAUACGGCAAGCAGGCAUUUACCACUCAUUUGACACGAGUACAGGAAGGACUGUCUGGAUUAUAGUGAAAGGCAAUGAUCGUCUGAAGAAUCGCUUUGAAAGAGCCGCAAAAGAUGUUAAGAAGCAAUAUUUGCGGGCAUUCGAUGACGCUAGGGAUGCGUUCAGGUCCGCGUUGGAGACCCACAAGAUACUGUGCGAAUGGUCUGAUGAGCAGUGGAGAUGGUAUCUCAAUUCCCUCGAGGAAAAGGUUGAGAACAUGACCGGGAAAGUAAAGUUUGCAACCAUCGAUGUGCCAAACCAUGACUCGAAGCCGUUUUUGGAACGAUCUGCUACGAUGCCAGCAGCGAGAUCAAACAACUUGAUCAUGAAACUCAGAAGGGCUGUCACUUCCAGUCUAGGGAUGGUACCUGAAGAUGUAGAGAACGCUAUGCCGGCCGCAUUGGCAAACUCUACUGAAGAUCCCAACGAGAAGCCAAGAGUGACCAUAUCCCAGGAUGAUAUCACUUUCAAUGGCCUCCAAAGACUACAGCAUAUCGAAGAGACAGUUAUCUCAGCUGAAUUGGUACUCGAUGCAAACAAACGGGUAAUUUUAGAUCUGAAAGAGCAUUACACAACUUUCUUCGCGAGUGGGGAUGUUCCAGAGCAGAUUCUUACCGAGAAGAAGGCGCUGAUUCAGUUCCAACAAUUUCUGGACGGCAUCACACACAACGCUGAUAGGCAUAUCUGGAGGAUAAAAGCCCUGCAGAGGCUUGUGGAGGGUCGCAAGCAAUUGUUUCAUGCCACUCUAGAGCAACGGAGUACAAACAUGAACAUGCAACUUGUGUCUAAGCAGCAAGAGACUGCAGGUCAAAUGCACAGGAUUACCGAAGACAUGCAACGCGUUGCAGAGGAAACGCGUACGGAAACGGUCCACAUGAGGAUCAUUACGAUCGUCACAUUGUUCUUCUUACCAGGGACUUUCAUAUCAACGCUGAUGAGUACGGAUAUCAUACGAUUUCCCACCUCGGAAUCAGGAGUCGAAAGGAGAUCGUAUUCGAGCCCAGCGCUAUGCCUAUAUUUGGAGCUCGCUCUCCCUGUCACUGCAGUUACACUAUUCGGAGCAUGGCAAUACUCACGUCGCCUCAACAAAUUGAGCGAAAGGAAACAAAUAGAUCGGUCUGGUACCGAUGACAAAUUAGACGGAGCGUCAUUGUAGGUUUUGGAAUAUUGAAAAAUAACGGCCUGACUGUCGUCGCGUCUUGUAAGGAAGUUUGUGGAAUAUGACUUGGUUCGCUUUCUAACCUGGGAGUUCCUGUGUUCUACAAUUUAAAACUCUUGUCGUUAUUUUCAAGUGCAUAUAGCAUGUUAUGUCUCCGUCGUGGGAAUCGGGCGGACCUGCUCAUGCAACUAUACCAUAGUGGACGGCCGAUUGUUCAACAGCUGAUAUCGAUCGGAGUACAGGAUCACGAAAGCUAGGCUCAAACGAUUGUCGAGAGUCCCUCACCCGCCUUUUCGCCUCU